AAUUUUCGUGUAUAAAAGUUACAGGUCCCCGACAAUGAGUUUUAAGGUCGAUCCUGGUGACCAGGAAGACAGUAAUGAUGGCGAAAAUAAUAUAGACAGUUCUUGCUUUACACAUGUUUCAUUUGAAAGUUCAAAUGACUGUCAAAAUAUCUACAGUUUUGAAAACUCCAGAAGUAACACCUCUCUUCAAUCCUUUUGCAACUAUGGGAUCAUUGAAAACGAUGGAAAUGAAUGUGCUGGACUCAUCCAGCAUACGCUCUCAGAUGACCAGAUAUUUAUGCAGAUAAAUCCGGGUGGUCAUCACAUGCCCGAAAAUCCAACAUACGCCACACUGACCAUAGAAACACAGAAUCCAGAUACAAACAGCAAAGAAAUUAAAAGGUUCAAAUGUGACUUCACGGGCUGUAAGAGAACAUACAGCACAUCAGGAAAUCUGAAAACCCACCAGAAAACACACAAAGGUGAGUAUAUGUUUGUGUGUAACCAGUCAUCUUGCGGGAAACAGUUCUUGACAUCAUAUGCGCUGAGGAUACAUGUGCGAGUCCACACAAAGGAGAAACCAUUUGAAUGUAAGGCCUCGGGCUGCGAGAAACAGUUUAAUACAGUGUACAGACUUCGUGCCCAUGAGCGUGUUCAUACAGGAAACACUUUUAACUGUAAUGAGGAUGGAUGCACCAAAUACUUCACGACUCUCAGUGACCUCCGCAAGCAUGUGCGCACACACACGGGGGAGAAACCAUUCAAGUGUGUGGAGGAUGGAUGUGGGAAGGCAUUCACAGUCAGUCACCACCUGAAGUCCCACAAACUUGUGCACACAGGGGAGAAGCCGUACAGUUGUUACCAGUGUGAAGGGAAGGCAUUCUCGACCUCCCAUAGCUUGAAGAACCACCUGAACAAACAUGGGGCACAGGACUUGAAACAGUGUACAGAUGCAGGGAUAACAACUCUAAGCGGCGAUAAGUUGCUGGACUUCAAGUCUUCACAGCAGGAAAAAAAUAAAAAUACUAUAACAAUUUACCCUCUGACAUCAGACGGCGAUAUUGAAGUCAAGCCAGUUAUAAAAGUGCCUGUGGUAACAGCGGGCUCCAAACCUAUGUCAAGAACAUGCACAGAGACUCGGCCUCAUGCUGUUACCACCACCUCAACGUCCGUUAUGUCAAAGGUUCUCCCAACUGUGAUAAAAUUUCCUAGUAACAUCCAGCAGCAAGCUGCAAGAGUGAUACCUAUAAAGAAACAAAUUGUAAACCAGUCUAAAUUAGUGCCUGUUACAUCACAUGAUAACAGAGCAAAAACGAACCAGUCUGAGUGUGUUGAGGAACAUGCACAUACAUGCGAUGACAUGCAUACAGACGUCCCUCUCUCAGAUAAUCAGUGUGAAGGUGACACCACAUCACAGGCUGCUUGUGUUACACAAGCCAUGACAGACGUGGCUCUAAAUGUUCCUACCCUGGCCAGUGUACCUGGAAAUACAGCUGUUUCAGAUCAAAUUGAAACAAUUAACGAGAAAGGUGAAAAAGUCCUUGUCCAGCAUUAUUUAUUGACCAGCAUUAUUACUAAUACAUCAACGGGGAAGCAGACAAAUCAGUUGAUAACAACCCCGAUUAUGAUUCCAAACAACACUGAAGUCAGUGGGGAUGGCAUGGCCCCGAUACAGCUUGUUACAAAUCUGUACAUGGGCCAACAAAACGUGGCAUCAGAAACACAAAACAUGGCACCAGACAUAAAAAAUGUGGUGCCGGAAACACAAAACUUGGCGCAGGAAAUACAAAACGUGGCACCUCAAAUAUCUCUAAUCCACAUGGUCGACCCUGAAGACCCGUAUCAUCCGGAUGCAACUGUUGGGUUUCCUUCUAUGCAGGUAGUAGAUAGUUCGGGGAAUGCUACAUGUACAGCAAUCUCUAGUGAUACUUCAAAAGACAAAAUUAAUAUUUCCUUUGUGCAAAAGGAGGGAGAAAAUGAUGAUGAGCAAAUCCAAGUCGCUUCUUCACAAGGGUUUGAAUUUGUGCAACAAAUAGAUUCACUAACAGACUCUUCAUGUAUUGACGCUUGCAUUGAUCCACAUUGCCAAGACAAGUGCUCAGACUACUCCUCUGUUGUCAAUGACAACAAGGAAUUUAUGCUUAGCAACCCAGUGGUGGAUGACCUUAGUCUCCAAGGUGAUGACCUUGACCAGAACACUGCAGAGAUGGUGCUGACCUUGGCUGCAUCACAGGAGCUAACUGAAGCACUAUCCAAUAUCUGAUUGAGUUUAUUUAGGUGUAAGAACACCCAAAAAAUGGUACCAAAAUCAUGGCAAUUUAAUAGACUCGGCUAGUAUCCAUUUUCAUUCAGGUGCAAGAAUUUAAUAUAAGAAUAUAUAAAUAAGAGCUGAUACUGGGUUCUUACAUGAAGUUGACAACAUUCUUAUGUAAAAUAAACUGAUUUGUUUUUUCAAAACUUUGUUAAAGUUAAUGACGUUGAUAAUAUCAUCUUUAUUAACUUUCAGAUAUUUACUACUAGGGGAAGUUUCAUUGGUACAUUGUGAUAAAAAUUAUUUCAGAUAUAUUUGUUAUAUUUAAAUAUUUGAACACAUAAAAUACUUAUCUUUUAGAAGUUAACAACAAUGCUGUUAAUCACUUGUUAACUUUAACAAAGUUCUGUGUAAUCAGCUCAUUGUCAUUUUUUCCUAGAAUUUAAUGGUACUGUACAGCUCUAUUAUAGUAUUGAAUAAAAUGACACAAUAUGAAAUUAAAAGAAAAUAAAGUGAUCCUUAUACAUGGGAAGACCCAUUAAAUUAACAAUUAUAAGAGGUUUCUAGCUUUAAAAUAAGUAUGGCAUUUGAGUUUGUGGAUUUUUGUGUGAGCUUAGAUUGCUAUACAGUUUUUUAGAAGCCAAACACAUAUUUAAUCUCAUAUUAAUGGUAUGUCAGGUCCUUGUGCUUGGGUUGGGGAACAUUCAUCCUGAUAUUACACACUAUUUGUGAUAUAGAACGAAUCAUGAUCUAAUUAAUUAUUUAUUUGUUUAUUCAUGUAAAUCAUCAAUUGUUUGUAUAGUUUUUACUGAUUUCACAUUACAUUUAACAAAUUUAGGAAUAUACCGGUACAGAAAACUAGACUCUUAAUUUUGAUUUCAUAAUUGUAAUGUAAUUUCUCUUCAUAAUAAACAUGUACAGUUUUUGGUAUAUUAUUACAAAUAUCCUUUCCAAAAAGUCUGUUUAAUUGGGCAUUUGAUCUGCAUUUAUCCUAACGGUUUUGACACCGUAUUGUCAGCAUAUUUUUCUUACUGAGUUAUUUAAAAACUAGAAAAAAGUGUACUUUUUGAGACUGAACUAAAAGCAUAUUUAUUUUGGGCUCGAAGCGCAUUAAUUCACUAAAGCGCAUUUUUUCUGUGUGGAUUUUUUUCUGCAUUUUAAGCGCAUUUUGAUAAAAAGCGGGUUUUUUUUUAGAAGGGAGUGAUCAAUAGAUUACGGCUCGUUUCAAUUAAGAUUAACAAUGUCGUAAAUAGAAAAAAUUUAGUGUCAUAUUUUUGUUAUUUUGCUACAUUUCAAUGUUUAUGAAUUGCACUUCAGCCAGUAUUAAAAAUGGUUUGUUUUUUGGGAGAAAAAUGUAAACAUAAUAACUUUUUGCCAUUUGAGGCAUUUAUUCAGAUUUAAGAUCAUUGAAGUUACGACUAAAAUUCUCCAAUGAGACUAUUGUAUUAAACUAGAUUUUAUCCUUGUAAUUUAUUUGUAAGCUUCACAUACAAUUUUUUUAUUCUCAUCUCAAAUAUAGCAAUGACAGUUGCAUAAUAUUUCAAUUUAGUAAGUUAAUUGUUUACAUGUACUGUAUCACACAUUCAAGCACCAUCAGGAUGCAACUGUUGGGUUUCCUUCUAUGCAGGUAGUAGAUAGUUCGGGGAAUGCUACAUGUACAGCAAUCUCUAGUGAUACUUCAAAAGACAAAAUUAAUAUUUCCUUUGUGCAAAAGGAGGGAGAAAAUGAUGAUGAGCAAAUCCAAGUCGCUUCUUCACAAGGGUUUGAAUUUGUGCAAUAAAUAGAUUCACUAACAGACUCUUCAUGUAUUGACGCUUGCAUUGAUCCACAUUGCCAAGACAAGUGCUCAGACUACUCCUCUGUUGUCAAUGACAACAAGGAAUUUAUGCUUAGCAACCCAGUGGUGGAUGACCUUAGUCUCCAAGGUGAUGACCUUGACCAGAACACUGCAGAGAUGGUGCUGACCUUGGCUGCAUCACAGGAGCUAACUGAAGCACUAUCCAAUAUCUGAUUGAGUUUAUUUAGGUGUAAGAACACCCAAAAAAUGGUACCAAAAUCAUGGCAAUUUAAUAGACUCGGCUAGUAUCCAUUUUCAUUCAGGUGCAAGAAUUUAAUAUAAGAAUAUAUAAAUAAGAGCUGAUACUGGGUUCUUACAUGAAGUUGACAACAUUCUUAUGUAAAAUAAACUGAUUUGUUUUUUCAAAACUUUGUUAAAGUUAAUGACGUUGAUAAUAUCAUCUUUAUUAACUUUCAGAUAUUUACUACUAGGGGAAGUUUCAUUGGUACAUUGUGAUAAAAAUUAUUUCAGAUAUAUUUGUUAUAUUUAAAUAUUUGAACACAUAAAAUACUUAUCUUUUAGAAGUUAACAACAAUGCUGUUAAUCACUUGUUAACUUUAACAAAGUUCUGUGUAAUCAGCUCAUUGUCAUUUUUUCCUAGAAUUUAAUGGUACUGUACAGCUCUAUUAUAGUAUUGAAUAAAAUGACACAAUAUGAAAUUAAAAGAAAAUAAAGUGAUCCUUAUACAUGGGAAGACCCAUUAAAUUAACAAUUAUAAGAGGUUUCUAGCUUUAAAAUAAGUAUGGCAUUUGAGUUUGUGGAUUUUUGUGUGAGCUUAGAUUGCUAUACAGUUUUUUAGAAGCCAAACACAUAUUUAAUCUCAUAUUAAUGGUAUGUCAGGUCCUUGUGCUUGGGUUGGGGAACAUUCAUCCUGAUAUUACACACUAUUUGUGAUAUAGAACGAAUCAUGAUCUAAUUAAUUAUUUAUUUGUUUAUUCAUGUAAAUCAUCAAUUGUUUGUAUAGUUUUUACUGAUUUCACAUUACAUUUAACAAAUUUAGGAAUAUACCGGUACAGAAAACUAGACUCUUAAUUUUGAUUUCAUAAUUGUAAUGUAAUUUCUCUUCAUAAUAAACAUGUACAGUUUUUGGUAUAUUAUUACAAAUAUCCUUUCCAAAAAGUCUGUUUAAUUGGGCAUUUGAUCUGCAUUUAUCCUAACGGUUUUGACACCGUAUUGUCAGCAUAUUUUUCUUACUGAGUUAUUUAAAAACUAGAAAAAAGUGUACUUUUUGAGACUGAACUAAAAGCAUAUUUAUUUUGGGCUCGAAGCGCAUUAAUUCACUAAAGCGCAUUUUUUCUGUGUGGAUUUUUUUCUGCAUUUUAAGCGCAUUUUGAUAAAAAGCGGGUUUUUUUUUAGAAGGGAGUGAUCAAUAGAUUACGGCUCGUUUCAAUUAAGAUUAACAAUGUCGUAAAUAGAAAAAAUUUAGUGUCAUAUUUUUGUUAUUUUGCUACAUUUCAAUGUUUAUGAAUUGCACUUCAGCCAGUAUUAAAAAUGGUUUGUUUUUUGGGAGAAAAAUGUAAACAUAAUAACUUUUUGCCAUUUGAGGCAUUUAUUCAGAUUUAAGAUCAUUGAAGUUACGACUAAAAUUCUCCAAUGAGACUAUUGUAUUAAACUAGAUUUUAUCCUUGUAAUUUAUUUGUAAGCUUCACAUACAAUUUUUUUAUUCUCAUCUCAAAUAUAGCAAUGACAGUUGCAUAAUAUUUCAAUUUAGUAAGUUAAUUGUUUACAUGUACUGUAUCACACAUUCAAGCACCAUCAGGAAACGUGCUUGUGGCAUUCAACUGUGAUCGUCAGAUAUACAGUAAAAAUAUGUAAAUCAUCACCAAUAUUUUGUCAGGAGAGCAUCCCGAUUCCUUUGCCCAAUUUACAUGGAUCUUGGUCAGAAUAUAUAAAGUAUCUAAAAUAGGUCACUAGGUCAACUGUGAGAACAAUCUUAAAGCACACCGUGACAAACAUAGGCCACAGUUGUAUGGAGUCGCAUGAAAUUUAGUCAGAUUGCUUGUCUUUAAAUCUAGGGUCAAGGAUUAUUAUGGGGCAAGUUGGUAAAAAGAAGGUCACUUUAAAAAAAGUUUUAAACUUGUUUUAUGGGUUGCUUAUAAAAAGCAGCUAGCUGAAGAGCCUUUUAUAGACAACUCUUAUAUAAAAGAAUGUUUGAAUGGUGCUCUAUGUUUUUCUCUGUGGCUGGACUUGAGCUAGCUUGUGGGGAGUGAUUAUUGGUUAUGUCAGAGUGGGCAAAACAAUUGGUAACUAUGAUAGAAAACUAUUGCUUACACUUUCAAGGCAAUGUUUACUGCCUAAUUCUCUUUAAACAUUAUGAGAAUUAUUUCUUAAUGCCACAAGGAAAUAUUGUUUACCGUUUGACUGUCCACAACAAUUGUCAUCUAAUAUGACACUGACAAAAGCAGGCUUGGUUAAAAUUACUUCUUUCGUUCCAUCUUUACCAUUAAAAUUUUCCAUGGAAAUAUUCGCAAUUUGUAUAGAUCAACCUUACAGAAGUGAGGAGGUGUUUAGUUCCAUGGUUAUACAGAGGAUCAACAAAAUCUUAAAAAUAUCGGAUUUUGAUAAUUUCAUAACAUGAUAUGUAUUAAAGACAUUCACAUUUAAUUCUACAACACUGUCUCAGGUGUGUUUUUAAAAUGACAAUGAAUUUGCUGAGUUAUCUUUUAGUGCUUACAAGUAUGUUUACCGUUUUAUUGUAUGUGAUACUUUUCUUCUUUUUGUGUGAUAAUUAUGUAUACUGUGCAUAUGUAUUUAUCUUACUUCAUUAAUCAGGACAUAUUUCAGUUAUAUUGAUUAGUCUACUGUUGUUAAUUAUUUAAUUGAUAUGUGAAAAUAUAUAGUACAUGUAUAUUACAAUAUAAUACAUACAUUAUGUAUAAAGACUUACAUACCUAAAACAAUGACAAAUACAUAUGGUACCUAUCAUAUUAUACAGGUUUAUCUUAAUUAUUAGCUUGUUUGUUUUCAAAGAAAAAAAAACCCACCAGUUAUUGUCAAAUAAAAUAGUUCUCUGAUAACGUCUACCAUCGGUAGGUAAAAUGUAUGGCUUUUGAGAUCCCCCUUACCGCUCUACCGACGAAAUCUGUCGCUUUUGAAAGAAAAGAAUUCCAUAAAAUAAUUGGCCUUAAAAAUGCAUUUAUGUCCAGUAAGGUCAUAGGUAAUAUUUUAAUGCAUGGAAACGCAGAAAAUUUUGGUAUCAUUCAAAAGGUGUACGCUAGCAGACCACUAAUAUGCAAAAUAAAUGAACACAAGUACACUAUACAUUAAGUUAUUACAGUUCGUGUAGUUGCUCUAAUUUCUAUUGAACUCAGUUUAAAUGACCUAAAUUGUGCAUU